CCUGUUGUCACCAAAACGAGACGAGCGAUGUCGAAAGACUCGGCUCUUCAUUCACUCCCUUCCUCCUCUCAUAAGCCAUACUCGAUCCCAGCAUACCUCGCACCAUCCACCUCGUCUUUCUCCAUUCCGUUGCGCGGGUCUGUCCCCCCUGUUGUCAUUGCCAAUGCUUGGAGACCGCCUGUUGUUGUUGCACCACAAGUACCACCGCCGAAGAAAAGGAGCCCUGAAGAAGAAGAAAUUAUCUCGGCCACCGCUGCUAGGUUUCAGGAAGCGUUAAAGCAAGACCAUGCAGCCCUCGUGAAUAUCGACACAACACCCUUCAAGAAUACACUUGAUAUGGUUCAUCGUCUACUUCCAUUUCACGUCCUUUGUCAACCUCGGGAAGACCGCAAGGGCAAACGGAAAGCCUCGGAUAGUCUUGAAGCUGAGAUUUCAGAGACCAAGGUUGCCAUAGAAUGCGCCAAGCGAAAACGCAAGCUAGAUGAAAGAUUCAGACGCGCUAGAAUACGUCCAGGGAAGCGAUUGGCUCCUGCCGACCAAGAAAUAGGCCUUGCUAGUAUGUUUGCGGAUGAUGUUAGAGCAGAGAUCUCAGCAUUCACGUCGGAAAUACGAGUGGCUAGGGCGCGCCUUGACAAUGAAAGACGAGCGAAAAUACCUCCUCAGGGUCCUCCUCCCCCACCGAGUUAUCCGACAUACGCCUAUCAACAAACUUACCCUGGACAAACGGUCUUCUCUGCUGUUCCAGCUCCACAACCAACUUUGCCACUGGUCAUCCCAGUACAACUUCCAAGAAAGAUGCUCGCAGCUUUGAAUGCUGCUAACAUCCAUCCAGUUGACGCGUCCAGUCUUGUUCCCGGAACACCUCAUCCACCAGCAGUUUUACGCAGUACUUCAGAGGAUGGAGAAUCGUUGAUUCUAGAGUUUAGCUCUCAGCUUUUACCCAUUAUAAUGAGUCUACUUCGUGAUACAUCUGCUGUAGCAGCUGCUAGUGCUAGCGUAUAG